AUGGUUGAAAGUGAUCUGGAAUUGCUGGGUCUAGUGGUAAUGGAAAAUCGAUUGAAAGAGCAAACUGUGGGCGUAAUCCAUCAGCUAAACAAAGCUCAAGUGCGGGCGAUCAUGGUGACCGGCGAUAACAUCCUGACAGCCCUGAGUGUUGCACGCGAAUGUGGCAUAAUACAGCCAUUGAAGAGAGCAUUUAUUGUGGAAACGGGCGAUCGCAAAGAUUCACCGAAUGCGCGAACUCCUCUUCUCUUGAAGCAGGUUGAACAUUUCUCUUAA